UUUCUGGAGAAAUUAACGACUACAUGAAGUUGUUUCUGCUACCGGCGAAAGUUGCAGCGAAGAGCAGCCAUGGCGGAGGCGAACCAGAAUACGAACCCUAAUCCGAAUCCGAACCCGAGCAGCGGCGAAGUUCCACCGAAUGUGACUAUUUAUAUCAACAACCUCAAUGAGAAAAUAAAGCUUGAAGAGCUGAAGAAAUCGCUGCACGCUGUGUUCUCACAGUUUGGUAAGAUACUGGAGGUUUUAGCAUUCAAAACCCUAAAGCACAAAGGACAGGCGUGGGUAGUGUUUGAGGAAGUCUCUUCUGCUAGCAAUGCACUUCGCCAGAUGCAGGGUUUCCCUUUCUACGAUAAGCCUAUGAGAAUACAAUAUGCAAAGACGAAAUCUGAUGUUGUAGCAAAAGCUGAUGGUACUUUUGUUCCCCGAGAGAAAAGAAAGAGGCACGAGGAUAAAGGUAGAAAGAAAAAGGACCAGCAAGAUGCUAAUCAAGCUGGAAUGGGUCUGAAUCCUGCAUAUGCUGGUGCUUAUGGUGCAGCACCUCCUUUCUCUCAAAUACCAUACAUGGGUGGGGCUAAAGCUGCUGUACCAGAGGCUCCUGCUCCGCCAAAUAGUAUACUGUUUGUGCAGAAUCUUCCUCAUCAGUCUACUCCGAUGAUGCUACAAAUGCUCUUCUUCCAAUAUCCUGGCUUCAAGGAAGUUAGGAUGGUUGAAACAAAGCCUGGAAUUGCUUUCGUAGAAUAUGGAGAUGAGAUGCAAUCAACUGUUGCUAUGCAGGCCCUUCAAGGAUUCAAAAUUACCCCUGAGAAUCCCAUGUUGAUUACAUAUGCAAAGAAGUAGAUAGACUGUAUUUUAGCUGCUGUCUGUAGAAUUAAACAUUAUUUUUCACUAGGGUUUGGAUGUUGCGCGGCUGCAAAUUUAAGCUUAUGAUCCUUGGAUAUUUAAGUUCACCAGUGUAUUUGUUGUGUAAUAGCACCUUAGCACCUCCUUUUUUGUUUGGAACAUUAUGCAUUUCAAUUUCCUCUUGCAUCUUGUAGAGAAGAAAUACUAAAAGCUUGUGGUGUAGUCUGAUCCUAGCUGAAAGUCUUAUGAUCUUAUCUAUUAUUCAUGCCAGGUGCUGUAACCAUU